AUGAACUUGUUUCGCAAUCCGGUGUUAGUGGAGGGUUACCCCAUACUGAUACGCCACAACGCAAACACCGGCCUGGAGAUUUCACUCGAUGUGAUGGCUAAGCUUGCAAAUACUCGCAAGAUCAGUCUGUUUGGCGGCAAAAUACUCAUCAAGGGGUUCUCGACAAUCCUGGUGCCCACGCGCCGCCAUCUCGGGUUCAUAUUCUGGCAUCGGGUGUUCAACACGGAUGGGAGCUACCUCUCCUUUACAGACGCCAGUGUAAAGAAAUGCCUCAAGGACUACCCGAAAGACUUGGCAGUCAGUGAGCUGGAAGGAUCUCGGCAUAUUCUUGGCUGGUGUUCAAACGCCAACAACCUCACAGGUUCUGCAGAUGCCAACUACAAGAUUGGUUGGUCGGGUUUAAUGCAACCUCGUGCCGGCUGUGCGUUUGAGAAAGUUUCUAUUGUUGGUGGAAUGUUCAUCACAGCCGAAGUCUCUUGCCUGCUUGGUAAGAAAGACAAGCCAAUCCACAUCCGCUCCCGAGACGACUACAUCAUGCGGCUCAAGUGGAUUGCGCAAAAGUUCGUGGUGCUCUACGAUACGCAAGAGAGGAGGGCUUGGCUCGUCGACGGUGUCAGUGCUUUAUUGCACCUGGUCAGGGCAUCCCUCAAGCACGACCAAGGAGAUCCGUUUAGCAGUUUGUUUCUGUACAACGAAUCCUUGCUUCAAGAA